AUGAAUAAAAAGAUUAUUGCAUUAUUAUUGUUGGUUGCAGUUUGUGCUGCCUAAACAAUGGAAAAUGGUCCUAUUGUCCGUGUUCCCAUUAUUAAGAGAGCUAGAACUGAAAUUCAAAAAAAGAAUCUCCUUCUUAGACUUAAGGGUAUUUAUGACAACAUUAUUAACAAGAUUUUCGGAAUACGUGCUAAUUCUUAUUCUGAAGUUAAGGUCUAAAAUUACGCUGACUUACAAUAUUUCGGUUAAGUUUAAAUUGGUACUCCUGCUUAAACAUUCACUGUUGUCUUAGAUACUGGUUCUUCUGAUUUAUGGGUUCCCGGAACACCUUGCAACUCAUUACCCUGUUUGGUCCACAACAAAUUCAAUCCUAAGAAAUCUUCCACUUACGUUGACACUGGUAAGUCCUUCUCUAUUCAAUACGGUACUGGUGCUGUCAAGGGAACUGUUGCUAAUGAAACUGUUUCUUUGGGAGGUUUGACUGCUAAGAACGUCUAAUUCGCUAACGCACAUUAACUCUCUAUGGAUUUCUAAACCACUAAGUUUGAUGGUAUUUUAGGUCUUGCUUACAAUUAGCUUUCCAACAUCGGCGGUUUAACUGUUUUCGAUUAAUUGGUUGCUCAAGGUUUGGUUGCUUAAGACGUUUUCUCUUUCUACUUCAGUGAUAAGGAAAACAGCGAUGAUUCUGAAUUGGUUUUGGGUGGUAUCGAUUUUGCUUAUAACUCCACUGCUUUCAAGUACUAUCCUGUCAUUCUUUAAGCCUGGUACGUUAUUGCUGCUGACUCCAUUUAAAUCGGAGGCGUAAACCUCAAGCUCAACACUGCUAUUGUUGAUAGUGGUACUUCAGUUAUUGUUGGUAACGCCGUUGUUUUGAAUCCCAUCAUUAAGUUAUUCCCUUCUAAAAUUGACUGCUCUCAAAUCAACACUUACCCCAAUCUUACCAUCACUAUCUCUGGUGAUAACUACGUUCUUGGACCCCAAGAUUAUAUUGUUUAAAUUAAUUUACAAGGCUAAUCUUAAUGCUUACUUGGUUUCUAAGCUCUUGAAUUACCCGCUCAAUUAGGUAACUCCAUCAUCUUAGGUGAUACUUUCUUCAGAAAGUACUACACUGUUUAUGACAGAGUUAAUAGCAGAGUCGGUUUCGCUGUUGCUAAUCACUCUAAUAACAAGAGUUAAUGA